ACUUUGCUCACCUGCAAUUUGCGGAAUCGACCGAUACUUCGACAAGUUCUUCACACGUUCUUAAACCGGCCAAACCAGUGAAAGAUUGACGCCGGUCACCAAAGAAAAAUGCUGCUUAUAAAUGCCGUGAAGGGGGGAAGAAAGACACAAGUUGAAAUGCUCCUAAAAGUUGGCGUAGAUGUUAAUGAAGUGGACGAAUACCGACAAACGGCCCUAAUACACUCCUGCUUUCUUCCUGAUAUCCGCACGCGAAUGAAGAUUUUGAAAUGUUUAGUUGUUGCAGGCGCAAAUAUUAAUAAGAAGGACAACUAUGGACGCACAGUACUUUCGUGGGCUUGUCUACAGGGAAAACUCGAGGUGGUCAGAUUUCUUUUGAAUGAUCCACUUUGUAUGGAUCUAAGAAUCGAUAUCACAGACAACGAUGGGAAUAAUACUCUCUUACUCUCUGUAAUGUCUGGCAAUUUUCUAGUCGUUAAAAUGAUGUUAGAGACAUUAAAAGGUACAGCGAGAGCAACUGAGCUUAAUAAAGCUAACAACGUUGGUAUGCAGCCCUUAAUAGCUGCUUUCAUUCGUGGCGAUAAAGUCUGUGCUCAUUUUCUUAUAAAACAGGCGGGAUCUUCUUUUUCAAGUGCGCUGAAGUACCUGAGAGCUCUUCAAUACGAUUCAGUCAAGUUUUGUACAAGAUCAGCGCUUUUGUUUGACUCUUCAAGAACUAAUUUCCAUAUUGAUCGAGAACAAACAAAAAAACUUUUGGCGGAUUUCACUGAGGACGACAUUUUUGAGUUUCUGUUUGCAAAGGAUGAAGAUAAGCACGAUAUACAGACAGGCAAAACUGAAGAAUUUCAAAGUGACAAGAAAAGCUCUGCCCCGCAUCAACAAACUCAUAUCGUUAAGUCUCGAUUAAGAAAACUGGGGUCUGUUUUAGUUAUUCCAAGUGAAAAGCCAAUUUCAGCGCAGUCAUUACUUACAGAAGACGUCACCGAAAUGAAAAGUCUCGAUGACCCAGCGAACAGCACUUUCGCAGCAUUGACUGAUCAAAAAAGGUUAACGCGGGGCUCUAUCCCAUCCUCGCGCUUGUCAGUUCAAAAACUCUUGACGCUUUACGCUGAGCAAAACUCACCUUCGUACAGACAAGGCUUACCUAUUCGAAGAUACACUCCUCCCCAACCUGCGAUCGUAAACGAGCCUAGUGCAGAUUGCGACUCUCGGCGCUCAAGUGUGCUUCCAUUGGGUGAGACUGAACGACGGGUCCAGGCGUUGGCGGAGUCAAUGGCUGGGUCUUCAUCAGGCCUUCUUGGUGAAUCUGUGAUGGAUCAGCAUCUCCGUUUGAAAUAUGCGCGUAAUUCAAGAGCCACCAGUAUGCAAGUUCAGAAGUUGCCGUCCCUUUCCAAUGCGGGACGGGGAAGGGUCAAACGUACCAAGUCGUCGACUAUUAUGUCUGUUAAACCGUUUUAAAGGAACACUGUCGGUGAAUAGCCGGUAGUUCAGCAAACAUCAAGAGAAUAAAAUCAUAACAAAAAUCUUUAUGCCAUUUCAUAAUUUUCACUCUCUUAACAUUGGGUUUUUCUAUUCCAUGGAGGAAGGACACGAGUAGAGGAGUAGUCAAAUGAUUAUUUAGAGACAGUCCCCCGUCCAUCUCUAUUGUUUCUCGUUCUCUUCUGGCUCCAUGAAUUGCGCUCACUUAAUAUAAGCCUUUCUUUCUCAAUUUUUAUUAUAUUAAAUUCAAAAUAAUUAUUAUUGAUUACA